AUGGAAAGAAAACCAGAAUGGCUACAAAAACAUAUAUUUGGAAACGAGCUUAUUCCAUAUGGACAAGCUCUGUUUGAAGAGCUUGAACCAGAAACUCAGGAAAGAGUCAUGCAAACAAUACGCGAAGACUCAAAUACAAACUAUGACAAACUCUUUCUAGGAUAUAGGGUACCUGAGAUGGGCGACCAGAGCCAAAAGGCAAAAAGGACAUGGAAAAUUUGCAACAUACUAGAUGAACAUAAUGCAAAGAUGCAACAACUUCAAGCAGAGGGCAAUGAAGGAAAAAGAAGAGUUAAAAACUCAGUCAGGAAGAAAGUAAAGCUUGGUCGGAGUGGGUUCUAUUAUGACAUAUAA